UUGGUCUAAUCAGCAGCAACACAGAUCUCUGCGCUCUCAUACGUGCUGCAUUGAUAGUCACACGCACACGCACACGCACACGCGCAGUCACUCUCUAGCGCGCGCUCUUGCUCGCUCGCUCCAGAUUGGUGAUCGCCAUCUAGUGGCAAAGCACAGUAGUACAAAAAUACACAGUAAACGCAGAUGUAGAUGGCAAUGAGACUAAAACUAAAAGAGGAAUGCAUUAAAAUAAACAAAGUCAAGUAGACAUCACAAAUAAAUAUAGGAGGGAUUUUAUUUUAAGUGGCUUAUAAAGGCAGUAUGAAACUGCAAGCCAAAUGUUUGUUAAUGUUGGUGCAUUACUUUUACUACAUCAAAGUCAUUAUACUUCAUUUUACCAUGCAGAACUUUUACUUGCAACAUAAUCUUCACUUGUCUAUUUCAUGUUUCAUGUUUCAUCACAUGACCACUUCUCCUUUCCUCCACAGGUUACAUGCUCCUCUCACAGCAUCUUACAGCGAUGUCUACAUACUCCACAGACUUACGAAAAACUCCCUGAAGGCCUGAAGUGAGUGAAUGUGGAUCUGAAGCUGGAUCAGCAUCUGUUUAGAGUGAUCGCCUCAAAGAAUAUCGUCCAGACUUCAGCAUGAAGCGCAACCAACAACAAAGGUUACAUGCUCCUCUCACAGCAUCUUACAGCGAUGUCUACAUACUCCACAGACUUACGAAAAACUCCCUGAAGGCCUGAAGUGAGUGAAUGUGGAUCUGAAGCUGGAUCAGCAUCUGUUUAGAGUGAUCGCCUCAAAGAAUAUCGUCCAGACUUCAGCAUGAAGCGCAACCAACAACAAAGGUUACAUGCUCCUCUCACAGCAUCUUACAGCGAUGUCUACAUACUCCACAGACUUACGAAAAACUCCCUGAAGGCCUGAAGUGAGUGAAUGUGGAUCUGAAGCUGGAUCAGCAUCUGUUUAGAGUGAUCGCCUCAAAGAAUAUCGUCCAGACUUCAGCAUGAAGCGCAAACAACAACAAAGAGCCCCUGGAGCCAAGAAGAGGAAGAAAUCUGACAGUGGAUCAGUGUCUUCAGUAAUAAGCUUAAUGUCUGCUAAGAGUGAUAGCUCCAGAGAAUAUCCUCCAGCCUUCAGCACUGAACCCAGAACUUCAGGAACAAGAGCCCCUGGAGCCAAGAAGAGGAAGAAAUCUGACAGUGGAUCAGUGUCUUCAGUAAUAAGCUUAAUGUCUGCUAAGAGUGAUAGCUCCAGAGAAUAUCCUCCAGCCUUCAGCACUGAACCCAGAACUUCAGGAACAAGAGCCCCUGAAGCCAAGAAGAGGAAGAAAUCUGACAGUGGAUCAGUGUCUUCAGUAAUAAGCUUAAUGUCUGCUAAGAGUGAUAGCUCCAGAGAAUAUCCUCCAGCCUUCAGCACUGAACCCAGAACUUCAGGAACAAGAGCCCCUGAAGCCAAGAAGAGGAAGAAAUCUGACAGUGGAUCAGUGUCUUCAACAAUAAGCUUAAUGUCUGCUAAGAGUGAUAGCUCCAGAGAAUAUCCUCCAGAGUUCAGCACUGAACCCAGAACUUCAGGAACAAGAGCCCCUAAAGCCAAGAAGAUGAUAUCUGACAGUGGAUCAGUGUCUUCAGUAAUAAGCUUAAUGUCUGCUAAGAGUGAUAGCUCCAGAGAAUAUCCUCCAGAGUUCAGCACUGAACCCAGAACUUCAGGAACAAGAGCCCCUGAAGCCAAGAAGAGGAAGAAAUCUGACAGUGGAUCAGCGUCUUCAACAAUAAGCUUAAUGUCUGCUAAGAGUGAUAGCUCCAGAGAAUAUCCUCCAGAGUUCAGCAUUGAACCCAGAACUUCAGAAUCAGGAGCCCCUAAAACCAAGGAGAGGAGGAUAUCUGACAGUGGAUCAGCGUCUUCAACAAUAAGCUUAAUGUCUGCUAAGAGUGAUAGCUCCAGAGAAUAUCCUCCAGAGUUCAGCACUGAACCCAGAACUUCAGGAACAAGUGGCCAGACUGCAUCAAGCUUUGAGCAGAACCCAGACCCAAUGGGGAUAAUUGGACCCAAAGUUCUGGCUAUUGUAAAAACAACUUUGAAAGCACAUAAGAACGUCAUUCCUAUAAUAUACCAUGCACUGCAAGACGAAGACGAGCAGGAGGACGAUCCACCACUUGAUGAUGAAACAAGGGAGGCGGCUCUGAAGAUUGUCGUCAAUGUCUUGAGGGACAUGAAAAAGGAUAAACAUGCUCAAACACUUGAGCGAAGUCAUUAUGGAGAACUCAGACUGUAUCAACGGAAACUAAAAUCUAACAUAAAGAGGAAAAAUGCAAACUUGUUGGGAGAGAUAAAUGCACAGCAAUGGCCUGUUCCUUUCAAAAAGAUUUACACAAACAUCUGCGUGAGAGAGGGAGCCAGUGGAGGAGUCAACAAUGAACAUGAAGUGAGACAAAUUGAGGCAGCAUUCAACAGGCGGAAAUCAACAGAAAUUCUGAUCACAUGUGAGGACAUCUUCAAGCCUUUACCCAAACAAGACACACCAAUCAGAACUGUGCUCACCAUGGGGAUAGCAGGCAUCGGCAAAACAGUGCUGACCCAGAAGUUCAUGUUGGACUGGUCAGUAGAAAAAGCCAAUCAAGUCAUCCAGCUCAUGUUUUUAGUUCCCUUUAGGGAGCUGAAUUUGUUUAGAAAUAAGAAACAAAGCUUGAUGGAGCUCCUGUGUAACUUCUUUCCAGACCUGAAAGAAUCUGGAAUCAAAGACCUGAAAACGUACAAAGUUCUGUUCAUAUUGGACGGUCUUGAUGAGUCCAGAUUCCCUCUGGAUUUCAAGGGAAAUGAGAGAUGUUGUGAUGCUACACAAGCAGCCUCAGUAGAUGUUCUGCUGACAAACCUAAUUGCAGGUAACCUGCUACCAGAAGCCAAUCUGUGGAUAACUACCCGACCUGCUGCUGCCAGCUGCAUCCCUCCAGAGUAUGUUGACCGGGUGACUGAGAUACAAGGCUUCAACAACCUGCAGAAGGAGCAGUACUUCCACAAGAAAAUUGAAGAUGAAGAUUUGGCCAAAAGAGUAAUUGCAAACAUAAGGUCAGCAAGAAGUCUCUACAUCAUGUGCCACGUGCCGGUGUUUUGCUGGAUUUCCUCUAUCGUCCUGGGAAACAUGUGUACCAAAGCAGGAGGAGGAAAAAUGCCAAAGACUUUGACUCAGAUGUACAUCCACUUUCUGGCUCAUCAGACCACAAGGAAGCAUGUCAAGUACGGCGAGGAGCAACAACUGGACUUCCAGGGGAAUAACAAGGUGAUCAUGACACUCGGGAAGUUGGCCUUCCAGGAGCUGGAGAAAGGCAACCUGAUCUUCUACGAGCAUGAUCUCAGAGACUGUGGCAUUGAUGUCAAAGAAGCAUCUGUGUACUCAGGACUCUUUACUCAAGUCUUCAGGGAAGAGUCCUGCAUGCAGCAAAAAGUCUUCUGCUUUGUGCAUCUGUCAGUGCAAGAGUUUCUUGCAGCUUUGUACGUUCAUGUGAUGUAUAAGACGUCCAGUGUAAACCUGAUGAUUGGAUCUGAGCAGAAGACCCAAACAAAGCCUGUAUCUGAACUGCACAAAUCUGCAGUAGACAAAGCUUUACAAAGCAACAACGGCCACCUCGAUCUCUUCCUGCGUUUCCUCCUCGGACUCUCUCUGAAGUCCAGUCAGGAUCUGCUCAAAGACCUGAAGAUGCAGGUAGAAACCUGCGACUCCCAAAGUCAUGAGGAAACUAUCAAGUACAUCAAGGAGAGAAUCAGUCAGACUCAUCAGCCAGAGAAGUACAUCAAUCUCUUCCACUGUCUGAAUGAACUGAACGACCACUCUCUGGUGGAGGAGAUCCAGAGAUACUUGGAGUCAGACCAAGACUCAGUGAUGGAUGAGUGCUCUGCAGCUCAGUGGGCAGCUCUGGUCUUUGUGUUGUUGACUUCACCAGAGAAACCAGAGGAGAUCCAGCUCAAGAAAUACUCCAGGACAAAAGAAGGCCUUCUGAGGCUCAUACCAGCCUUGAAAGCAUCCAAAUCAGCAAUGUUGAAUGAUUGUCAUCUCACCUCCAACUGCUGUAAGGAGCUGUCCUCUACUCUCAGCUCAAACUCCAAUGAGCUGAAUCAUUUAAAUCUAAGUGACAACAACUUACAGGACUCAGGAAUUGAACUUCUUUGCACCGGACUGAAGAGCCGACCCUGCAGACUGAAGACACUGAGGCUGAACCGAUGCAGUCUCACCCAGAGAUGCUGUGAGAGCCUGGCUUCAGUCCUGAGUCAUCCUUCAUCACCUCUCAUAGAGCUCGAUCUGAGUGACAACGACAUCGAAGACUCAGGAGUGCAGCUGCUCUGCACCGGACUGGGAAAUGUGAACUGUAAACUUGAAACCAUCAGGUUGUCGUUCUGUAACAUCACAGAGAAAGGUUGUGGUUCCUUGGCAUCAGCUGUAAAGUCCAACCCAUCCCACCUGAGAGAGCUGGACCUGAGCUACAAUCACCUCGGAGAGUCUGGAGUGAAGCUCAUCUCUGAAGCUCUGGAGGAAGGUCGAUGUGAAUUUACUAAACUGAGGGUCGACCACAAUGCAGAACACUGGUUUAAACCAGGACUGAAAAAACAUUCAUGUGAGCUCACAGUGGACACAAACACAGCCCACAAACUCCUGAUCCUCUCUGAUGGGAACAGAAAAGUCAGCCAGGGUCAAGAGGAGCAGCCGUAUCCCGACCACACGGAGAGGUUCGACUACUGGACCCAAGUCCUGUUCCAGCAAGGCCUGACAGGCCGCUGCUACUGGGAGGUGGAGUGGGAGGGCAACUGGGCCGGGAUUGGAGUGACCUACAAGGGUAUCCGUCGCAAAGGUCAAGACCAAGACUGUUUGAUGGGAUACAAUGAGAUCUCUUGGGGUCUGCACUGCUCUGCUUAUGGCUACCGAGCGUAUCAUAACUGCAAGAGCAUCGUCCUUCAUGUCCCUCUGGCUGGUUUUCUCAGACUGGCGGUGUAUCUGGACUGGGAGGCUGGUAUCCUGUCCUUCUACAGACUGUCUACUGGAGGAUCACUGACACACCUGCACACCUUCCACACCAAAUUCACUGAACCGCUCUACCCAGUUUUCAGAACUUGGGUCCAGGGCUCCUCAGUGAAGCUGUUGAGUGAAACAGCUUAAACACAAGUAAAGACUUGAUCAGUCAUCAAUCAAUCAAUCAAUCAAUCUUUAUUUGUAUAGCGCCAAAUCACAACAAAGGCAUCUUUACACAUAGAGCAGGUCUAAACUGAACUCUUCAGGUUUUAAUUUUAAAGAGACCCAACAUUCCCACAUGAGCAGCACUUAGCGACAAUGGCAAGAAAAAACUCCCUUUAAACAGGAAGAAACCUCAGGCAGAACCAGGCUCAAGGUGGGCGGCCAUCUGCCUCGACCGUUUGGAAUAGAGAGGAGAGAGAGGAAGGAGAGGAGAGAGAGAGAUUACCUGUGAGCUCAGCCACGAACCAUAUUUUAAAAGCUUUGUUACAAUGUUUUUUUUAUAUUAUUUUGCAAAACUAUAUAAUAUACUGGCAAUAGUAAUAUUUUGUCGUAUUUUGUAUGUAUGAUGAUGUCCUUUACUAACCUGACUAAAUUUAAGGAGAGGAAGGAAAUGAGAGAGAGAGAGGACUGGGCUGGAAUCUGUCAUCCGGACGUUUACAGGCCCAGAUUACCUGUGAGACGAGAAAGCACAGACAACUCCGGGGAAGAAGUUUAGCUUAUUGAAUGCAUUAGUGGUACAUGAAUGUUAAUGGAUAUAGAUGGAUGGAUAGAGAGAGAGAGGAGGGGAGAGGAGCUCAGUGCAUCAUGGAGUCCCCCGGCAGUCUAAGCCUAUAGCAGCAUAAACUAUAGGAGCUGGAGCCCUAACUAUAAGCUUUAUCAAAAAGGAAAGUUUUAAGCCUACUCUUAAACGUAGAGAGGGUGUCUGCCCCCCGGACCCAAUCUUCACAUUAACAUUGACACAAUCAAAAUGAUCAGUUUUACUUAUCAGUUAUAUGACAUUAUCUCACAAGAAAAAAAUAAUAAUAAUUAAAACUGCAAGCAGUGUCGAAGGGCCCUCGCACAUCCUAUGCACGUCGGGCUCAGGCGCAGUCGGAGGGCGCGCAGGUAGAGGUCUUCAUACGCAGGAAUGUCAGUGCUUGUCGCAGUCGCAGGGCAUUGACAGCAGCCAUGUGUGAUGGGGUUAAUGUCUCCACUAGAUGGCAAACCAAGAGCAGAAAUGAAACUGGAUAAGUUAUUCAUAUAAUGGUCGACUUCCUGUUGGAGUUAGGGUAUGGGUCCAAGAGGCUUUUUUGUGCGUCUGGACAUGAUACGUAGGCCUUGUCGAUUUCAUUUCUCUAUGUCAAUGUGGAAGGCGGGGCUUAAACUUUGAAAUCUUCCAGGGGGCGCUGUGGAGUCAUCUUCUCACUUAAAAAUCCCAAACUUUGUCAGUAGUCAAUAUGUGUGACUGUUGACGUAUGUGUACAAUUUGGUGAGUGUAGGAGUUUGUUAAAAUGUACAAAAUGGAUAAAGGCAUUAGGGGGCGCUAUUGAGCUGUUGUGCCACGCCCAGGGGCAGUUAUGGUCUCAAAUUAAAGCUCCUGAGUGUGAACCUAUGUGGGCAGUUUGGUGAUUCUGUGAAGACGGGAAAGUCCUCUAAACGCAGUGGCAAUAACGGAAAACUGACGCAGGAAAUGCACAAUAACCGACUUCCUGUUAGAGCGAAAAUUCUGAAAAAAUUAAUUUGGGGGUUUAACCAUGAGUGCUAUGAGUCCUGUACAUUUCACUAAGAUCAGACAAAGUUUGUGGUCACAUGACCUGCUGUUAGGGGGCGCUAUGGAGACCCCUUGCCACACCCACCCCCAAUGAUGUUGAAAUUGAAACGGCUUCACCAGGUGUGACAUUUCACGCGCUGCAUGUAUAAACAUCCGACAAUGUAUUGAGGAGUUAUAAGGAGUUGUUUGUUUAUACAAACAAACGACUGCCACGCCCACCUGGUAUAACGUAGGUAAAAUCUGUCGUCAAGUUUACAUCAUCAAGGUCUGAGGAUGAUACAGUUCCAAUCUGAAGUUUGUGGAGUCAAAACUGUAGGAGGAGUUCGUUAAAGUACGAGGCCUGGAAAUGGGGAAAAUGGCGGCAAAAAUGCACCUGUGAUCCAAGAUGGCCGACUUCCUGUUGGACUUAGGGUAUGGGUCCAAGAGGCGUUAUUGUGCGUCUGGUCAUGAUAUAUAUGAAUCCUAAAUUUCGUUCAUGUACGUGCAUGUAGAAGGCGGGGCUUCAACGUUUAAUGUUCUAGGGGGCGCUGUAGAGUCAUUUUGGCACUUAAAAGGUUGCGGUUAUACCAAAAAAUAACAUUCGUGAUUCUUGAGGAGUGUGUCCAAUUUGGUGAGUUUUAGAGUUUGUCAGUACAUAUUAAGUGGGAAAAGGCAUUAGGGGGCGCUACUGAGCUGUUGGGGCAAAAUGUUGGGCAAAUGUGGUAUCAGAUGAAAGAGCUCAUGAUUUGAAACCUACGUGGCAGGUUUCAUGAUUCUGUGAACGUCAUAAAGUCCUCAAAGUGGUGUUCGAAAAAUGAAAAUCGGUGCACGCCACGCCGCGUGGGCAACUUCCUGUUUGGUAAAAAAAUUCCACAAAAUUAAUUUCCCAAUGAUCCGAUGAGACCUAUGACAUAUGGAAAUUUCAUGCAGAUCCGAGAGGUUUUGUGGUCACAUGACCCGACGUUAGGGGGCGCUAGCGAGUCCCCUUACCACGCUUGUGUCCAAUCACGUUAAAUUAUAUACAUUUUCACCAGCUAUGACGUGUGUGCUGAAUUUCAUGAGUUUUCAUGUAUGUUCAGGCCACCAAAAAUGCGAUUCAUUACGCGGCAUAAGAGCGUGCUUAAUAAUAAGAAGAAGAAUCUUGGCAAAAGCAAUAGGUCCCUCACUGACUUGUCAGUGCUCGGGCCCUAAUAAAUCAAUCCAUUUUAUUGAUACUGAACCUUACAAACUAACAAUGCAGCUCUAAAUGUAUAUAACUGACAAUUGUAAAUAUUAAAAGCAUUUCCAUCCAAGCUGAUGUUAAGACUCAGACCUACCAAAUUUAGGAAGGACUUUUAGGUGCGCCGGGUUUGUCCAAGGAAACUGUUUUUAAUGCAGUCGAAGCACUCCUUGUUCUUUUUGAAUUACAUGGAGAGACAUGGUGGGUGUUGUUUCACCAAUCCUUUCCUCUCUCAUCUCCCCCAGUGAGUGUGACAAAUGAAGCUAGUUGUGUUAAAUGCAUAUAAAAAUCUUUUGUAAUCUGUAUAUCCGUAUAUUAGACUCGUACUCCAACUUGUUUUACGUCAUUUCCACUGGAGACAUCAUAGAUAGAUAGACACUAAAA